CCAUGCUUGAUCCACGUCUCGUGAAACAAAUCGGUCCGGUACACAUGGUCGUGAUUUACGCACAUCCGACUAGCUGAUCGCCGCCGAGAUUUGAACGCCUUUCCUUCGCCCGUUGGCCUGUUACCUCCGAUAUUUUUGAAUCCACAUUUGUUAUUUUUUUUUCGAUUUUUCGAUGCCCGCCGGACGACGAUGACGAAGACGACCGCAUGCCGCGGUAGACUGGCGAUCACGACUUGGUGGUGUUGGUGGUGUACCGCCGCUCUAAUGCCGUUCGUCAUUGGUAUGGCAACAUGCCUCAAAGACGUAUUCAUUGAAGUUCCAAUAGCGAUUAGAGAAGGUAAUACUGCCAUACUGCGAUGUGACUAUGACCUAGAACAAGAAGCUUUGUACACGGUCAAAUGGUAUAAAGGCCGUCAGGAGUUUUUUCGUUAUGUGCCUAAAGAAUUGCCGCACACUAGAGUAUUCCCUUUGGCUACCAUUAAUGUAGACGUCAGCGAAUCAGGACCAAACCAAGUGGUACUGAGACAAGUGACGCCUGAAUUGGAUGGCAAGUACAGAUGUGAAGUUAGUGCAGAUGCGCCAACAUUUCACACAGAAAUUGUAGCUGCUUGGAUGCACGUUGUCCGAACAAUGGAUGGCAAACCAGAGUUAUAUCUUGAAAAGCCUCAGUACUCUCUCGGUGAGAAGUUGAGAGCAAAUUGUUCAUCACCUCCCUCAAAUCCACCUGCAAAUAUCACUUGGUUCAUAAAUGAUAAAGAGUUGGGAAAUGGCCGCAUAAUCAGAAUACCAUCAGUAAGGCCGUCUGGUCAAUUAUUUAAGACUGUCUCGUCAAUUGAAUAUGACGUUUUAAUUGCUGGUAAGCUGAAGGUGAAAUGCCAUAGCGACAUAUACCACGUGAUCGGGUCGGAAACUGAAGUAAUGCUGGACGAAGAUAAACCAAGACUUGCGUCUAUUCUACAACCACAUGGUCAUUCGGCAGGAUUUAUGUUAUCUCCUUCAUUCAGUAUAACAUUGUGGAUCACAUUUGCGGUUAUAAGGUAACGAGUCCAUCGUAAAAUGGGAAAAAUGUUCCAUUCGCUCCAUGUAAAAAUAUAGUGUAAAUUAUUAUAAUACAUCGAUAAAGUAUAAAAUGUCGGUCAUCCUCUACUAUUCUAAUGAAAUAACUUUCACUAAAAAUGUAUGAUAAACAGUGAAAUAACAUUUCUGCCAUAAAUAAAUAUUCAACUACCUAUAUAUAUAUAUAUA